AUGCAUGCAGUCUCUACCUCGAGCCAUCGCCGCCCGUCGCAACACCUCCAUCGAAGUCACUCACCAUCGGAAGUUCGUGGAGCCAGCUUGGAGAUUCGCACAGCCCUUUCCGUCGAAGUCAGCCGUGGAAAUCGCAGCCACCGCCACCACUCCUUGCCGUCGGGCAGUGUCGUCCUGAGUGACCUGAAGCCCUUGCCCCUGUCUCAAGCCCCAUUCCUAAUUCCUCAGUCUCAUACAUACUCUCAUUAUUUCUCCCCAAAACACAACCCUAGCCUCCAUCGCGCCCCCGUUGGUCGCACUGUCACCGCUUGGUUCAUCGUGAUCGUUCUUCAAUCCUCUUAUUUCAUGGUGCUCGAAGGCCCUUCCAUUCCCCCAACGCCAAUCCUCCUACUGAUUGAUGAUAAAUUGAUACUGUUAUGUAGGAUUUUGUGAUUUCUUUGCCUAGUGAUGUGCUGCUGGAGAUCGAAUUGCUGCUGUUAAAUUUUUGAAACUUGACAAGUUUGAGGUCUUUGUGGAUUCAC